AACUUACCAUACUGUCAACGAAACGUUGAAAAUGUGGGAAAAGUGUACAAAUAGCUAUUAUCUUUUAUCGUGUUUAUUAUAACAAUUAAAUCAUGCAAUCAUGUGGCCAAUGAGACACGAAACGAUGACCCGCGAUGAAUGCAGAAAAUGUUUACGAUGUUUGGAGUUAGAAGCAUAUGGAAGUAUGGUAUCUGUUCUACGUGCUCAAGGCCCUUUUACUACUGAAAAACAAAAACUAUUACAAGAACUUGCUAAAGUUUUACAUAUUUCUAAUGAAAGACAUCGUGCUGAAGUACGAAGAGCUGUUAAUGAUGAGAAGUUAGCAACUAUAGCUGAACAGUUAAGUGGUCCAAAUACUGGUACAGAUUGGUCUAUUGAAGGUCGCCGUGCUAUUCCACUUUUACCAAGGUUAAAGGCUCGAACUGCUUUCACAACAUUAGCAAAUAGCUUGUCCCUUGCAACAACAGCUGCAAACAAAAGGAAUCUUCCAGUUCAUGAAAAAACUGAGGAUGCAAAAGAUGUUAAAAAUGAAUCUCCUGUGAAGAUAAAAGUACAAGAAAAACCGUUUAGUAAUCAUGAGUUCACGCCAAACGAGGAUAGGUUAAGUGAUGAAAAUAUUUUAAGUGAGGUCACCGAAUCAGAUAGGAAUAAGGAAGUAAAUAAUCAAAGCAAUAACUCUGAUGUCAGCGAUAAAAGUACGGUUUCUGAAAAACGUAAACCCUCUUCUCCUCUCCCAGCACUUCCAAAUAAGGUUCUGGUAGUAUCAUCAAGUUCAAUGGGAAGUUUUAAUCAUGGUGCUGCUGAUAAAUUAUCACUUGAAAAUGCUAUCCAUUUAUCGCGGAUGCCGACAAAUUCAUUACAACACCAAAAUGUCACAAUAAUACCACUAAAUAUUAAUUGUGAAGAAAAUGUUACAGACUCUGAGGAAUCAGCAGUACAAGAAAGUGCCAGUAAUCAUUCAGUAAUUCCUUCUGGUAAUUUCGUGAACACAGUGAUCCCAGUAGGUACAACAAGUAUUACAAAAACUAAGGGAAGAAUAAUCACAACUCAAAACAAACUUAAUACAAAAAUUGGACCGGCAAUUCUGUUAUCUAGUAACGUAUCGUGUACAUCAGGAAAUAAUUUGCAGUCCGAUAUUCAAGUAACAUCAGCACAAGAUAGUUUAAGCUGUAACGUAUCAUCUGUUUCUCAUGGUGUACAAAAAGGAUCGAGUUCAGAAAAUUCAAAUUCAGUUGCGAGUAAUACAAAACGUGUUGUGCCAGUAAUACAUUCUAAUAUAAAACCACCAAUAGCUAAAACUAUUACUUCGAGUAAUUCACAUCGACUAAUGGCCGUAUGUCCUGUUACAACAGUAUCCAAUGGACCAGGGCCACCUCAAGCUAAGCAAAUAACAACGCUAACUUGUAAAAAAUUACCUACAACGCUCAAGAAUCAAACCACUGCCAAAAUGGGUGUAACACUAAAUUCUAAUAAAACUGUAAAUAUAUCUCAUCAUCCUGAUGCAAAGUUAGGAUCUAAAACAAACGUAAUUGUUAUACAAAAGGGUCAAACCAAAGGUGUAACUCUUUCUCAUGCGGGCAAGGAAGUAUUAGGGAAAGUAAUAAUGGGUGGAAAAAGUUUAUGUGUUACGAGUCAACACAAUGCCUCUAUAAGUGUGCUACCGCGCCAUAUUACACUCAACAAUGGAGAUCAAGCUGUAACUAUGUUAUCUACAACAAACUCAUCUCACACAGAAUCUAUAACAUCCAAUAUUAAGUCUAGUAAUACCAUUAUGUUCAAUCUUCGGCAGGAUGUUUUGGAAAAAAAUAAAGCACUCUCGCAUCUGCUUGAAUCAUCUAAUGUUCUUACCUCUGAAUCUAAGACUGUGAUACAAAAUGCGAAUGCUCGUCUUUCGAAGGAAACAAGUAACAGUGAUUUGCAUAUACAGGAUAAAGAGCUAGUUGUAAAAACCGAUGCUGUAAUUACUACUGUUAAAGAUGAGAAACACAGGUCAGUUUGAAACUAUCGAAAUGUACUACGAAAUUGUUGUGUUAAAAAGCGCAUGUAAC